UCGGGAACUGGAGACUGGAGAGAGAGUAUUGGAGGGCAGGGCAGACCAAUGCAGACAGGGACAGUCCAGCCAAGAACAGCCCGAGCCAGGAGUCCCCGCAGAACCCGCCGACUGACUGGUGGAAGCUUAUUUAACCACAGUCUCCGACCUCCGUCGAAAAUGGGGAACGUUCAGUCGGAGCCUUCCGCGGGCGGGGGCUCCCGGAAAGAGCAAGCCUCAGACCGCGCAUCCGACUCCCGCAGGACGCCUCUGGUGAAGCCCGAGGUGACCCCCUCAUCCCCAGCCAUGCACCUGGCUCGAGGGCUGGGCGUCUGGUUCCCUGGCAGUUCCGGGCCCCCGGGACUCCUGAUACCCCCGGAGCCCCAGGCCUCACCCUCGCCCCUGCCCCUGACCUUAGAGCUGCCCUCGCCAGUGACACCACCUCCAGAGGAGGCGGCUACGGCGGCGGUCUCCACACCACCCCUGCCCCCCGUGGGGACCCUGCUGCCCGCCCCAUCUAAGUGGCGAAAACCCACGGGCACUGCAGUGCCUCGGAUCCGCGGCCUGUUGGAGGCGAGCCAUCGUGGUCAGGGUGACCCUCCGAACCUCCGCCCACUGCCACCGCUGCCCCGGCAACUGACCGAAAAAGAACCGGUCCCGAAGGCCCCAGCUCCACCUCCGACGCUCCUGGAGCCUCGGAAGCAGCAACCGCCAGCACCUCCGCCUUGCGACCCGCAGCCUCCGAGCCGCAGAAUCACUCUGGCCUCUCCGGCCACAAGCCCCACAGAAAGCCAGGUCAGGCACAGCAGCGAGGGUCAGGCGGCCGGGGGAGCCCGCGGAGGGGCGCCUCCCCAAGCCGGAGAGGGCGAAAUGGCUCGGUCUGCUACUUCCGAGUCCGGUCUGAGCCUGCUGUGUAAAGUCACCUUCAAGUCCGGGCCCCACUUGUCCCCCGCGUCGGCCUCGGGUCCCUUAGCAGCCAAAGCCUCACAUGGGGCCGGCGGUGGAGGAGGACUGUUUGCCUCUUCGGGGGCCAUCUCUUAUGCUGAGGUCCUGAAGCAAGGUCUUCAGCCUCCUGGAGCCACUCGCCCCUUGGGAGAGGUCCCUCGUGCAGCUCAGGAAACCGAGGGCGGUGAUGGAGAUGGCGAAGGGUGUUCUGGUCCCCCUUCGGCGCCUGCUCCCCUUGCCCGGGCUCUACCGCCACCCCCUUACGCCACCUUCCCAGGUUCAAAGCCCAAAUUCGACUGGGUGAGCCCUCCCGAUGGCAGUGAACGGCACUUCCGAUUCAACGGGGCUGCCGGGGGAAUCGGGGCACCCCGACGACGCACAACCACGCUCUCAGGGCCUUGGGGCUCCCCUCCACCAAGGUCAGGUCAGACGCAUCCAGCUUCAGGGCCCCGGAGGCUCACACCAGCCUUGUUGGCGCCACCCAUGUUCAUCUUUCCAGCGCCCACCAAAGGCGAGCCUGUACGCCCAGUGCCUCCAGGUCCACAGCAGAUACCUCCGUUGCCACCGCCGCCGCCACCGCCCACACCACCAACCACUCCGCCACCGGCGCCACCACCCACACCGCAGCCACGGGCACUUCCGAGGACGCCAAUACUGGUGGCCCACCCACCUAACCCAAGCCCUGGCCACGUGGAGUCAGCCUUGGCUCCUACCCCUGCCCCUGCUCUGCCCCCUACCGUGGCUGCGGACCAGGCUCCGCCCCCGUCCCCGGUCCUGGCUCCGGCCACAUCCCCAGCUCCAGCAACCACCACCGUUGAGCCGUCACCACCAGUGCCCCAACCCACCAAGACUCGCACUCGCAAGAACAAAGGUCCCCGAGCGGCCCGGGGUGUGAUCCGGGAAGAGGUUACAUCUGGAGAUGGUCCUCGAGAACUGACUGCUGCUACUCCAGUGACUGACGGCAGCAGUGGAGGGGGUGGCGGUGGCAGCAGCGGAACACCCACAGCGGGGGCCCCUAACAAGGGUGCAGUGCGCCACUGGCCGCCUUUCGAGGUGCUUCAUUCUUGUCCUUCCAAGUGCUACUGCCGCCAUCAGCCCCGCCACCGCCGCCUGCCCCGCAACGUGUCUGCCUGGCUGAGUACGACCACCAACCACCUGAGUGAGCCUCCCUGGGUGGCCACCGUCAAGCUGGCCGGCUCCCUAGUAGCUGGCCUGGAGCACUACGACUUGCAGGCCACCCAUUCCAACUGAGUUCGGUCUGCCCAACACCCUCUCUCUCACCUUCUUUAAUAAAGUACCCAGUCUACACAGCUUGCCUAGCUGCCUAUCCGUUACCACCGGGGAG